UUUUCGUACAAGCCAAGUGGUAUGAUAUUUUAAGGUUUUACCGUGUUGUACGAAUUAUUACAAGUUGUCAUGACACUAUGUUGGAUGUGCAUUAUAAGCACAAGUAAAAGGCAAAAGGGCUUUGUUUCCAGCUUUAGCAGCAGGAUUUUCAUCAUAUGGUUAUGAAGAAAAUCAACAAGACUCGGACUGGAGCUUUGAAGACCACCGGAGGAGACAAGAGAAGGACGAGGACUUCCUGAAAAGCAGCUGGACUGGACAACCAGACCUUUCCCAUCAUGGGCGGACAUCCGUCAGUCCAGACCGCACCAGGAGUCUGUCACUGGAAAAUGAGCCACCUGUCAAUUUUAUGAUCCACAGUGCUGCCCUAGAAGACCUAACAACUGUUGGGGAGAGGAUUGUAGAAGAGGAAGCCCAUUACAGUGAAUCCCCUCAGGAAGAACUGCCCUUGUACUGCAGUGAGAGCCAUGCUGAAGAACUGCUCCAAGCUUGCAGCAGCAGGGCUCAGACAGUUCCUGUUGAAUCUGUAUGUACACCUUCUGAAACCAAAGAAGAGAGUAGUACAGAAUCUCUUCCGCAUGGACAAAUGCGAGCAAUAGGCACAGUGCAAGUACAAGUUGAUAAGCACAUGAACUACACAAUGGAUACUGCUGGUACUGAAGCUGAUGCAGCUUUAGCAGGGGCCACUCAUCCUUCUAUGAACUCAAUUGACUCACCAAAAGCUGUCCACAGCUCCCCAGCAAGAAAAUCCCUGGUGCCAGUGGCUCAAUCCAAAGCUCAGUCCAAGACCAGUGGUGAUACUGAGAAGAGGACCCUUAAAAUCCCCAGCAGCAAAGUCAGACCCUCCUCCCUUAAAACACGUUCCUUCAUCCUGAAAAAGUCCUUGGCCCCCUCUAAUAGAUCUCCCUCAGUACCUGGCAACAUUGCUGGGCCCAAAGAAUCCAGGGCUCCUAGUAGUGUUAGACCCCAUGCUGCUGGUACGAAGAUUCCUGCCAUGACUGCAGUUGCCAAAAAUGGAAAAGACUCUCCUAAGACUCCUGAGACCAGCGGGCACAGCAGCCCUGGCACUCCCAAAUCCCCUGCCAGCAAGGCUAUGGGUGGCAAGCCUCUAGCCGGCACAGGCAAUGAAAUCAAGAAGGUGGCAGUGAUUCGCUCAACCCCUAAAUCUCCAAAGAACCGUUCUCCAACUUCACUGUCUGCUGCGGCCCCCCUACCUGACCUAAAGAACGUUCGCCCCAAAGUCGGCUCCACUGACAACCUAAAGCAUCAGCCUGGAGGCGGACGGGUACAAAUUCUUGAUCAGAAGGUGGACUUCAGUAAUGUUCAGGCAAAGUGUGGCUCCAAAGCCAACCUCAAGCACGUACCGGGAGGUGGCAAUGUGCAAAUUCUCGAUCAGAAGUUGAACUUAAGUACCGUGCAGGCUAGGUGUGGUUCCAAAGAUAAUAUCAAACAUGUACCCGGAGGUGGCAAAGUUCAAAUCCUCCACAAGAAGAUUGACCUGAGCAAUGUGCAGUCAAAAUGCGGAUCGAAAGACAACAUUCGCCACAAACCAGGUGGAGGAAACAUUGAGAUCAGGUCAGAGAAGCUUGAUUUCAAGGCUCAGCCAAAGGUCGGCUCGCUGGGAAACAUCAAACAUAUGGCUGGAGGAGGCAACAAGAGGAUUGAGUCACACAAACUGAUGUUCCGUGAGCAGGCCAAAGCGCGAACCGACCAUGGCGCAGAAAUCGUGUCUCUAGAGGAGUCGCCACAUGGCUUGAGCAACGUUUCCUCCUCUGGCAGCAUCAACAUGGCAGAUCCGCCUCAGCUUUCCACCCUCGCAGACCAGGUGUCUGCGUCUUUGGCCAAGCAGGGCUUGUGAUUGGACCACACCACCACCCAAACAAGCCACUAAACCCCACAUCCCUCCUUUCCAAAAACAACACACCCAUUCAGAUACCUGAAACGGUAGCAUUGUAAUUCUGAAACGCCUCAUUUUGUUGCUCAGAAAACAUUGUCAAGAAACCUCUGGCAGACACUGUUCAAUUUUGUAAUAUGUAUGAUUUAUAGGCCAAUGAAGCGGUUUUGACUGAAUUAUGUAUGGAUUUGCCUGUCCACUUGUCCUUUGCUUUAAGUCAGUGUUAUUGGUGAGAAUUUAGGAAUCGAAAGGAUUUUUUUGUCCUACAAUCUCUUUCUCUUGACAUUAGUGGAUAUACAGUAUUUAGUAGCACAAAAUUACAUUCAUGUAUUUGUUGAACAUCACAUUUUCUUUUGGCAUGCCAAUUUAAGCCUUUGGUUUUAAAUGUUUAAAGGCUGAAUCAGAUUAAUAGUUGAUUUGAAAUCACGAAUAAGUCACUAAGAAGCAUCUUAGAGCACCAUGUCUUCAGAAAAAUAAAAACGUAAAGCCCUGCCAUCCAUUUUAAAAGAUGUGUAAGGCAAAAGUGACAAAAAACAAACAAACUACAAAACAGCUUUGUGUAGAGAGCUAAAGGCUUUUUGGUUCUUUCAUGCUCUUGUGUGUGCCAUUGAUCUAAGAUUACACUUCGCCAAGAUGGGAAGAAGUCCAAGAUACCCCUUGAGAUAUGUCCUGCAGUAAACCUUGAUAUUCAGAGUGCUUCAUGAAAAAACACUUUUCUUACAGUAUUAUUCUGUGGAUAUGGGAAGGUUAUGAUAUGGAAACAGUUAUUUUUGUGCCUACUGGCAGUUUAAAUUAUUCAUUUUUGUCAUUGCUUCACUGAAAAUGCCUCUCCUACUUUUACUUAGUUCUUUAACAUUAGCAAGUAACAAAAUAUUAAAUUGAUAUUGAUGCUUUUUGCCUAAAACUAAAUUACGGUAUCUUAAAGUUGUAGCUAUGUGCAUUUUUUAACCAAGUUGGACAUGACACAUGUUUUUAAGGACAAGUUGCAUGUGUCAAAUUUAGCCGAAGCAAUGACUGAUUGAGAUUUUAUGCAUAACACUGCCAAUAGUUGUUCUCUUGUAUUGCUUAUGUGAUGGCCAGAUCUAAUUUAUGAGAUGAAUUGCCAAACUGUUCUCCUUAAAGGAAUGAAUACAAGUUAAGCUCAAUCGACAGCAUUUGUGUCAUAAUGUUGAUUGCCACAAAAAUUAAGUUCGACUCGUCCCUCCUUUGCUUUAAAACAAGCAACAGUGAGGAACUUACAAUGGAAGUCAAUGGAGCCAAUCAGUAAAUGUUACAAUAAACACUGCUUCAAAAGUAUAACCACAAGACGUAAACAAUAUGCGUUUUAACAUGAUUUUAGUGGGAUAAAAUCACUUACUAACAUUUUCCGUGUAAAGUUAUAGCUAAUUUUACAACUACGUUGCCAUGGCGAUGUUAUGUAAACAAACCCUUAAACCCUAAAAUGACUGUAAAACAUUUACAGCUCAAAUAAUACAUGAGUUUUAACAGAAGAAUUGAUGUAAAUGCUUUUAUAAAAUUAUAACCGUCACAUUUCUGCCUUUAUACCCACCAAAAAUUGGCCCCAUUCACUUCCAUUGUAAAUGCCUCACUGUAACCUCAAUUUUUGCUUUUUUAAAGAAAAGGAGGGAUGAGUCGACAUAUAUAAUGCCACAAAUGUUGUUGAUUGAGCUUAACUUGUAUUGAACAUGGAAUAUUCCUUUAAGGCACACUCCGGUCUGUUGUAAAUUGCCCAUCACAUUUAUUCUCAUAAUACAAUAUGUUGUAUUGUUUUUCACAAAAAAAUCCACUACAGCACAAGCAUGCCCGUUAAAACUGUCUGAUCUUUUGAACACUUCCUACUAUUACGUCUUAGGGUGUUCUAUUCAGUUGAAUGAUGAUGGAAUGGCCUCAACUAAUCAUAUUUUUUAAAUUCUCUCCCUUGCACUGUACUAUUGCAGAAUGUUUAAUGAGCUUUGAACCACUCCACACUAUCUUUGCUCCUUGCAUGCAUUUCAUGUAAGCAACCCGAGAUACUGCAUUGCCUCUUACACACCUUCUUACGUAAAUCCCAUAAUCGCUGACGUGCUUAUUAGGAUACCUAUGUAGAUAGUAGUCGAAAAAGAGCACUAUACUCAUUCGGCAACCUCUGUUUCUUUGUGUUGGAGAUGAAGCUGUGUAACUAGCAUUAGAUAUUAAAUGUAUGUUUAUUGUAUGUUUAUGACUGUAUGUUUCUACAAGGACUUGAAGAGACUUAAAAAAAAUAAAAAACAAAAAAUUUAAAAAAAAAAAAAGCAGAAAAGUUCAGAGAUCAUGCUUGCAACACUUUUGGCUGCAUGCCGAGUUGUUUUUACAUGGAUUUGGCAACACGUUUCUGGACGUUUUCUGACUUGGGUUGGUUUCGGUAGGUGAAGGUUUUGGAAACAUGAGUUUGUUCCACUUGUGGUGCUUUUGUAGGACGAGGGGGAAAUGAGAGUUUAGCUGACAGGAAGGGAGGAAAAAAAACAGUCGGUCCUUUGGUUUAAAUGUCUCACUCUAUAGCACAUACCACAUGGUUCUGGGUGCAGUUUUGUCAUCCUGUUGUCAUUGACUCCAUAUCCACCAUUUUUGCAGUUUUAAAUUUUAGCUUGGGAACUGUGGUUGUCAAUAUUGUUAAUGUGUGUUUUAUUAAUAACUGGUUCACAAUGAUUCUUGUUUAUGUACAUGUGAAUUUGGAAAUAAAGGAUAUUAAACAAU